AUGGAGAGCUCCAUACCAGACGGGGCCGGCACCUCUCCUCCUCCGAUCCCCCUCGAAUGGCCCCAAGACGGGGAUCUCACCCUCGAAUGGAUCCGCGCCAUGACCGCCACUCUCGACUGGUCUUCCCGGAAUCUUCCCCCCUCCGAUCUCCCCUCCGUCCUCCCCAUCCCCGUUCUCCAGCGCCUCCUGCUAUCUGCUUCCAACAUCCUCCACAAGGAGCCCAACUGCCUGCGGAUCGAUGUGCAGGACUGCGGCGACCCGAGCGCCACCGUCGUCGUCGUCGGCGACGUCCAUGGGCAGCUCCACGACGUGAUCUUCCUCCUGGAAGACGCCGGAUUCCCCUCGGAGAGCCGGUUCUUCGUCUUUAACGGCGAUUAUGUCGAUAGAGGUGCUUGGGGGCUGGAAACCUUCCUCCUGCUCCUGGCUUGGAAGGUGACCCCCCUCUCCAUCCAUCCACCAUUUCUCAAGUAAUUACAGCUUCCAUAUGAUGGGUCUUCAUUUUAUUUUAUUUUCUGCCAUGAGUGAUCUAUUUAUAGCAUCGUAUUAUCAUCUUCUUGUAGAUCUUUAUACCUCACCGUGUGUUUCUCCUUCGUGGAAAUCAUGAAUCUAAAUACUGCACUGCAGUUUAUGGAUUUGAGCAAGAGGUCAUGGCCAAGUAUGGCGACAGGGGCCCGCAGGUUUAUCGCAGGUGCUUGCGGUGCUUCGAGGGGCUGCCCCUCGCCACCGUCAUUGCCGGCUCUGUGUACACCGCUCACGGCGGGAUCUUCCGCAGCGAGGCCGCGGCGCCGCCCCUGAAGAGGGCCAAGGGGAAGAAGGGCGGCCGGAAGAAGGCGGCGGCCUCCGGCGCCGACAAGAAGCCUCUCGUGUUGGGUUCCUUUGAUGAGCUGCUGAAGGCGAGGAGGACUGUUCUCGAUCCGCCAUGGGAGGGCUCAAACCUCAUCCCGGGCGACGUUCUGUGGUCCGAUCCUUCCUUGAUUCAUGGAAUUUCUCCGAACAGGGAGAGGGGGAUCGGCCUGCUGUGGGGGCCUGACGUCACCGAAGACUUCCUAAAGAAGAACAACCUGAAGGUAACUGUUCUGAUCCUUGUUGAGCCGCCCUUCUUAAUGAGGAUAAUUAUCGCUGCCGUUUUCAUGAUGGUCAAAUUGUGCUCACACAUUCUUUUCCUUUUUCGGGUUUCUACUAUUUUUAGUCAAAACCCAGUUGACUUUAUCCAAAACAGAAGGAAUCAGCAGAAAAAAAGAACAAAAAAAAAGGAUUCAGAUGCAUUAGACUCUGAUAAACUCGGAUAAAGUCAACUGGGUUCUUAAAGCUGCUGUUCUUCAUUUCGAGGUGCAGCUGAUCAUCAGAUCACACGAGGGCCCAGAUGCAAGAGACAAGCGUCAUGAUCUCUCAGGAAUGGAUCAUGGGUACACGAUCGAUCACGAAGUAGACUCGGGAAAAUCAGUCACCGUUUUCAGCGCCCCGGAUUACCCUCAAUUUCAGGUUGCCCCUCUCUCUCUCUCUCCUGAGCUCAAUCUAUUUCUCCAAUCAAUUACUGAGUUCUUUCUAUCAUUGGCAUCAUUAUGAGCUUGAGAUAUUCCUGAUUUAACGAAGCUCGUAUUUUUCCUGUGUAUCUCAUAAUUAUCUAGUAUAUAGAUAUAACUUAAUAGUUUAUAUGUUUUUAUAGAAAACACGGCUAUCUCUCUUAUUCUCUAGCAUUCAAUGCAUUAUUAUUAUUAUUAUUAUUAUUAUUAUUAUUAUUAUUUAUUUAUUUUAAAUUGUUCAUUGAGAAUAAUAACUCCUCCGGCAGGCUUCAGAGGAGAGGCAUAACAAUCGGGGCGCCUACAUUGUUCUUCAUCCCCCUGAUUACGCCUCCCCAGUCUUCCACAGCUUCGAAGCCGUGAGGCCCAGGCCCAGGGUGCUCGCUCCUCCACCUAAUCUAGGCGUUUUCUCUCUCUUCUUUAAGUAGAGGAUUUUGCUGAGUGAUGGAGACGUUGACUCCUGUCCUCCCUUCAGGUUGGCGCUUACUACAACUUCGAGGAGGUGAUUGACUCCGACGAAGAGCUCGACCUCGGGUCAGCCCGGCCGUUGACCGACGCGUCGGCGGACGAAGCAGAGUAG